UCGAGGUACUCAUCUGUCCACGUACGACCUGUUUUUCCUGUGCCGCACCUGCUGCUCAACGGCCCCAACCAACCAUUCCAGCCAACUGAACCUGCCUACCGCCAACACCCACCAACACCACCAACUUCGUUGAAAACCAAGGGAGAAAAAAAGAAAAAGCGGAAAUGGAGGAGCCAUCGCCGCUCUUGCGCCUCACCACACCCAUCCGACGCCGCAUCUAUAGUUUCAUUGGGAUAGUGCCGUGGGACCGCGUGAAACUUCCACACAAAUUCGACCUCUAUGGCCGCAAGACCCCGGCGAGGGAACAGCCCGAGGCGAGCGCAUUCCACGGCCUGCUCCUUUCCUGUCGCGUCGUUUACUCUGAGGCCGCCCCUCUCCUCUACUCGGCCAACCGAUUCAUCCUUCACUAUGCCCAUGCCGGGCCGGGAUUCCCCGAACCCUCGGAUCCCCUCAGGCCUCUGCGCGCUCUCACUCCGACGGCUCUCGCAUCCCUAACGAACCUCACUAUCGUCCUCAACCAAGCCUCCUGUCACCAUGACUUUAGUCACGGCGGCUACUACUCGUUGUGCUGCCUCGGCCGCGACGAAACAGGGUUGGGUCCCGGAUUCCUCUGUAAGGGAGAGUUUCACUCCAAUGCCCAUAACCUCCCGCUACUUGCCACGAGCCCAACAAACCUCGAGGGCAACGACAACGGCAAAGCAAGCGAUGCCCAGUUUGCGGCAGCGCAACAGUUACUCGCCAAGUGGCACUCGGCUGCCACCCACCUGUCUUUCAUCACCAGCGGACAACUCGACCUCGCCUUGGUCUGCGACAUUGACCCUCACCAUGAACGGGCACUCGAGGUUGCCGCAUCGGUUAUAAUACCUCUCAGGCGGAUACCCCAGUUGAAAGCCUGCCAUAUCCGCCUUUGUAAAAUACCGGAUCCUGGCCUCCAACGGGCCUCCCAGGAUGCUGUGUCGGAGGUGCUUCGCAUCGCCCCCGCUCCAUAUGCUAGGCCAUCGACAUCACAGACCAGUUUGGUAACUCUCCCGCCCGAACUCCGCCUUCGGAUCCUCGAGUAUACCGACUUGAUCGUGCCGACUAGAGAAGUCACAUGGAGCAGGCAGGAGCGAGGUUAUGUCGUCUUUUAUAGAGACUCGGAUCACUCGCCCGACCGCGAACACCGCGACCGGUUUUCGCCUUGCCUGAGCUCAUCUUGCGAUCGCACCUCCAUCGGUUGUUUUUGCCGCCGUCGCCACGCCGCAUUUUCAUUUACGUGCGAUUGUUGGGCCCCACCUGGGCCCCGACUGUUCCUCAUCUGUCGUACACUAUAUCGGGACGCCCAGUUUACCUUCUUCUCGGGCAAUCAUUUCAUAAUCCACGAUUAUUGGGCCGACCCAUGCUGGGCGUUGCCAUUCAUCGAUAUUUACGAGGAGCCGGCAAGCCCUACCCUUCCCUACGACUACCCAAGUGAGCGCUUCGGUGCCUCCCAGUUCUUACGCGAGGUCAUCCCCACUCACUGCCUCGCCUACCUUCGCUUCCUCGAGCUAGUCUUUCCUUCAUACCUUCCCCAGAGCUGGCCUCAGGCAGGGCAACCCGCGAUGCAGGAUUGGUGGGCGACUGUCGGCUGGCUCGAAGACAAGAUCCAAGCCCCCGCUCUUACCAUCCGGCUAGUUGUGGCAGAUAAAGCUCCCUGCGCCCCGUAUAUGGACUUUAAUGCCAUCACUCCCUCCGAAAUGGACACCAUAAUGAGGUCGUUCCAGGAACUCUUGCGGUCUCUAAAGCCUUUGGCCGACAGAGGCCUCGCCAGGUUUUAUACUACCUUCCGCUCCCCAUGGCGGUACGUCGGGAAACCACAAAACGGCCGUGUGAGGCUGCGUUGGUGCCAAGAACAGGACCGAGCAUUAAAGGAGCGUUCCGAACGUUUUGUUAUGGGGAACCGUUACGGAGAGCUUUAUGCAAAUGGCCGCAAGGAGCCAAGGGAAAGCUUUUGGACCUGGACUCAUUAUGCUCAAUGCUAACCCGCUUGUGGAAUGAUGCGAGAUAGGGGACGUGCAACCAUAGCGGGUGAGACCAUCUUGUAGAUUAUACGUACUCCUGCGGCAGAGGUUUUCAACUGAGAAGUUAGAACAGCAUAUCAAUCCGGCGUCGAACCAGU